CAACACACACAAAUGCAAAAUUACACAAACACACACACACAUACACACGCACACACACACUCGCAAGCUUCCCCCAGACCAGUAAUCCAAGAUAUUUUGAUGGAAAGGAGUUCAGGGAAGAGAUGCUGUCUCUUAUUCCAUUAGAAGGGCACACCACUGGGGACGUUAUAUUUACGAAACUGGAAGAGUUGUUUUGGCUGCAUUCAUUGUCAUUUGAGAGGGUUAACCUAAUCGUGACAGACGGGGCUCCUGCUAUGGUGGGAAAGCACGGAGGUCUGGUAAGCAGGUUGAAGGAGCACGCCCCCCAAAUGCAUGGACUGCACUGUCUCAUCCACCAGAGUGUCCUUUGCGUCAAACUCAGUGGUGAGCUAAAGGAAGUUAUGGACAAAGUGAUGCGUGUCAUUAAUUUUGUCAGGGGUACAUCAAGCACCCAGCAUCGGCUUUUCCGACAACUUGUGGCUGAGUCAGAAGAGGCCACCCACGAUGACCUGCUGCUUCACAAUGACGUGCGCUGGUUGAGCAAAGGGAAAGCGUUGGACCGCUUCUGUGCGCUACUGGAUGAGGUCAAGGCGUUUCUUAGAUUGAGCAAGAUUAGGGCAGCAGCUGACCACCUUGCCCUUCUGGGAGACGAAAAGUUAAUGUCCAAUGUAGCAUUUUUAGCGGACAUAUUUGGCCACCUAAACCAGCUUAACCUGCAGCUACAGGGGAGAGGCAAAACCAUAGUGGACAUGGUUGAAAAGCUUGAAUCCUUCACGAGGAAGCUGGAGUUGUUCGAGUCAGACAUAUCCACUGGCAGGCUCCUCCAUUUCAGUGCACUAAAAUCACAGGCACUGGGACAAGUGACAGAGCUGAUGGUGGACUUCAUCAAGCAGCUACGGGCCAACUUCAUGUCAAGGUUUGAGGACUACUCCAUCCCAAAAGACAUCGCCUUUGUACGCGAUCCUCUCACAGUCCGACCGAGUGGAGACUUCACCUCCCAGGCGAAACAAAUGAUCCCCUCCUUAGACGAGGCUGCAUUAGAAAUGGAGCUAAUUGAUUUUCAAACAAGCUCCCUGGUCAGCGAUGCGCUCAGAAGUGCGGAGUCUGUGAGUGCCUUUUUGGGUGGGAAGCUCAGAGGAGUAUAGCACGAUCAAGAGACUCACAUGUUAUGUGCUCACAAUGUUCCCUUCCACCUAUACAUGCGAGUCGUCCUUUUCUUCAAUGAAUGUGAUAAAGACGCACGAGAGGAAUCGAUUGACGCAUAAAAACCUUGAGAACUGCAUGCGGAUUAAAGUGACGUCCAUAUCACCAGAUAUCCAAAAAAUAGCGACCGAUGGGAGAUGUCAGUUUUCACAUUAAGAGCAUAUGCACCACCACUCCUCGCCCUCCAUGAUCAAGCGGCUUCUCCAAUUUUGUUGUCAAUGUUUUGCCUGAACUUUGUUACUGUUCACAUAUAAGUAAACAUUACGUUUGAACAGUGGCGAGCCGUGACUUUUAUACCUAGGCCCUCUGACCCCCCUUCCCUCGAGAAAAAAAAGAAGAGAUAUUACGUCACAGCGUAUACUUCAGCGGAAUAUCAAAACAGUGGU